AUGGCGGACCGCGAUUUAUCACUAGGACCUCGGGAAGGAGUAACAUACCCUAUUAGGGUACAAUACUGUGGCAAUUGUUCUAUGCCUAUAGAAUAUUGCGAGUAUUAUCCUGAAUAUGAUAAAUGUAAACAGUGGUUAGAAAAGAAUUUGCCAACAGAAUUUGAAAAAGUUAAAAUUGAUGAAGAAGACAAUGGUGGUGGAGAAGAAGAAAAAAAAAGACAAAAGAGAGGUGGUAAGGGUAUGCUAAAAUCAAAGAAAAAAGAAGAUGUUCCAAAACUAGUGCAAGUUUCUAGAGCACCUCGAGGAAAAAAGAAAUCUGUAACAGUUGUGUCAGGAUUAAGUACUUUUGAUAUAGAUUUAAAGGUAGCUGCAAAAUUUUUUGGCACAAAAUUUGCCUGUGGAUCCUCGGUUACAGGUGAUGAUGAAAUAGUUAUUCAAGGUGAUGUUAAAGAUGAUUUGUUUGAUGUCAUUCCUGAAAAGUGGCCGGAGAUUGAUGAAGACAGUAUUGAAGAUUUAGGAGAUCAGAAGAGA